AAAAAGAAGAUAGAUAUGGAAGGCCUGAAGAAGGAAGUGGUCAUGAAUGAUCACAAAUUAACCUUGGAACAGCUGAGCACCAAGUAUUCCGUGGACCUGACAAAGGGCCUUAGCCCUAAAGAGGCACAAGAAAUCCUGACUCGAGAAGGACCCAACACUCUUACCCCACCCCCUACCACUCCAGAAUGGGUCAAAUUCUGUAAACAACUGUUUGGUGGCUUCUCCAUCCUCCUGUGGAUUGGUGCCAUUCUCUGUUUUAUGGCCUAUGGCAUUCAGAUGUAUUUCAGUGAGCACGCUACCAAAGAUAAUCUGUACCUGGGCAUUGUACUUGCUGUUGUGGUCAUCACCACUGGCUGCUUCUCCUAUUAUCAGGAGGCCAAGAGUUCCAGAAUCAUGGAGUCUUUUAAGAGUAUGGUGCCUCAGAAAGCUCUGGUAAUUCGAGGUGGAGAGAAGAUGCAGAUCAAUGCACAAAAUGUGGUGGUAGGAGACCUGGUAGAAGUGAAGGGUGGAGACCGAAUCCCCGCUGACAUUCGGCUAAUCUCUGCACAAGGAUGUAAGGUGGACAACUCAUCCUUGACAGGAGAGUCAGAGCCCCAAACCCGUUCCCCUGAUUUCACCCAUGAGAACCCUAUGGAGACCCAAAACAUCUGCUUCUUCUCCACCAACUGUGUGCAAGGAACAGCCCAGGGCAUCGUGAUUGCUACAGGAGACUCCACAAUGAUGGGCCGUAUUGCCACCCUGACAUCAGGCCUGGCAGUUGGCAAGACCCCCAUUGCUAUUGAGAUUGAACACUUUAUCCAUCUGAUCACCUCAGUGGCCAUCUUUCUUGGUGUUGUUUUCUUUGGGAUCUCCAUUAUAUUGGGCUAUGGCUGGCUGGAAGCUAUCGUUUUCCUUAUUGGCAUCAUCGUGGCCAAUGUCCCUGAGGGGCUGCUGGCCACUGUCACUGUGUGUCUGACGCUGACAGCCAAGAGCAUGGCAAGGAAGAACUGUCUGGUAAAAAACCUGGAGGCAGUGGAGACCCUGGGCUCCACCUCUACCAUCUGCUCUGACAAGACAGGCACCCUCACCCAGAACCGCAUGACUGUUGCCCACUUAUGGUUCGAUAAGACCAUCUAUAAGGCUGACACGAGUGAAGAACAGAUUGGGAAAACAUUUGCCAAGAGCUCUGAUACUUGGUUUAUCCUGGCCAGAAUCGCUGGCCUCUGCAACCGGGCUGAAUUUAAGGCUGCUCAGGAGACCCUUCCCAUAGCUAAGCGGGCAACAGCAGGGGAUGCUUCUGAGUCAGCCCUUCUCAAGUUCAUCGAGCAGUACUACAGCUCUGUGAAGGAGAUGAGAGAGAAAAGCCCCAAGGUGGCAGAGAUUCCCUUUAAUUCUACCAACAAGUACCAGAUGUCCAUCCACCUUCGGGAAGACAGCUCCCAGGACCACGUGCUGAUGAUGAAGGGGGCUCCUGAGAGGAUCAUGGAGUUUUGCUCUAGUUACAUGCUGAAUGGGCAUGAAUACCCAAUUGAUGACGAAAUGAAAGAAGCCUUCCAAAAUGCCUACUUAGAGCUGGGAGGUCUGGGGGAACGCGUGCUAGGGUUCUGUUUCUUGAAUCUUCCUAAAACUUUCUCCAAGGGAUUCAAGUUUAAUACAGAUAAAAUCAAUUUCCCUAUGAAUAACCUUUGUUUUGUGGGGCUCAUAUCCAUGAUUGACCCUCCCCGAGCUGCAGUGCCUGAUGCUGUAGGCAAGUGUCGUGAUGCAGGAAUUAAGGUGAUUAUGGUAACGGGGGAUCAUCCCAUUACAGCCAAGGCCAUUGCCAGGGGUGUGGGCAUCAUCUCAGAAGGUGCUGAGAUAGAAGAGGACAUUGCUGCCCAGCUCAAAGUCCCUAACAGCCAGAUCAAUAACAGGGAGGCCAAAGCCAUUGUAGUGCAUGGCUCAGAACUGAAGGAGCUAAGCUCAGAACAGCUGGAUAAUAUCCUUCAAAGCCACAGAGAGAUUGUAUUUGCUCGGACCUCCCCUCAGCAGAAGCUCAUCAUUGUAGAAGGAUGUCAGAGGCUGGGAGCCAUCGUGGCAGUGACAGGUGAUGGUGUGAAUGACUCCCCAGCACUGAAGAAGGCAGACAUUGGCAUUGCCAUGGGCAUUGCUGGUUCUGAUGUCUCUAAGGAGGCAGCUGACAUGAUCCUGCUGGAUGACAACUUUGCCUCUAUUGUCACAGGCGUGGAAGAGGGCCGCCUCAUCUUUGACAACCUGAAGAAAUCUAUUGCAUACACCCUGACCAGUAACAUCCCAGAGAUUACCCCCUUCCUGCUCUUCAUCAUCCUCAGCAUCCCUCUGCCUCUAGGCACCAUAACCAUCCUCUGCAUUGACCUGGGCACUGACAUGGUACCCGCUAUCUCCUUGGCUUAUGAGUCAGCUGAAAGUGACAUAAUGAAGAGGGCUCCACGAAAUCCAAAGACUGAUAAUCUUGUGAACCACCGUCUCAUUGGCAUGGCCUAUGGACAAAUUGGGGUGAUUCAAGCUUUGGCUGGAUUCUUUACCUACUUUGUAAUCCUUGCUGAAAAUGGUUUUAAGCCUAUUGAUCUGCUGGGCAUCCGCCUCAACUGGGAAAAUAGGUACCUCAAUGAUCUGGAGGACAGCUAUGGACAGCAGUGGACCUAUGAGCAACGGAAGGUGGUGGAGUUCACCUGCCAAACGGCCUUCUUUGCCAGCAUCGUGGUGGUGCAGUGGGCUGACCUCAUCAUCUGCAAGACCCGCCGCAACUCAGUCUUCCAGCAGGGCAUGAAAAACAAAAUCCUAAUAUUUGGCCUCCUGGAAGAGACAUUACUGGCUGCUUUUCUGUCCUACACUCCAGGCAUGGACGUGGCCCUGCGAAUGUACCCACUCAAGAUAUUAUGGUGGCUCUGUGCCACUCCCUACAGCCUUCUUAUCUUUAUCUAUGAUGAAAUAAGAAAAUUCACCAUUCGGCGUCAUCCUGGCGGCUGGCUGGAAAGUGAGACCUACUAUUAA